AUGAAGCGGACGCGAAAGCGCGUGUUGCGGGUGCAGUCGCGGCGCCCCAAGAGCGCGCGGCGAGGGUUUUAUGACUUGAAGAAGAAUUGUUUGGAUCCAAUUUUGAAAAAGAAUUAUAAAAAUGACAAAACCCUAAUUCAAAACAAACAACUUGUGGACUUGAAGCAACACCUCCACCUCCUCGCCGACGACCUCCAGCUCCGCACGCCCUCGCCCCACAAAAGGCUGAACGAGAUGGAGACAAAAAUUAUUUCCAAGCUGGUGGAGAAGUAUAAAGAAGACUAUGUG